AUGGUUUGGCUUGAUCUUCUUCAAGCCACGGAGGUGAGUUAUUAUUUAUCAACGUUGCGAGAUGUAUUAAAUCUUCAUCUAGUAAGUCGUCAAUACAAGACUUUGUUAAUAAUGUUUAAGAGCAAUCCAGUGCCAUUGACUUCCAAAACCCUUUCUUUGUUUCCAAACUUAUCGACUCUUAACGUUUGGUCUCCACAAGAUGUUUUUACAGUCAAUAAUGACAACUUCCCAAACAUUCAAAACAUAGUGUUGUGGUUCAAAGUCAGUUGUAAAACGAUGAAAGAGUCCCCUCCUAAUAUUAUUUACAAGGAAAUAUGUUUCACAAAGAAAGAUAAGUCAGUGUUUCAGAGAGAAAUUCCAUUUGGGACUAAGAGCAUUGGAGCGUCUUGUUUUGAGGACACGUCUGAUAUGACAUCGUUCACUGUACCAGAAGGAAUACGAGAACUUGGAGUGAAAUGUUUUGCGUCAUGCACGACACUUACAGAUCUCCGAUUACCAAAGUCUCUUCAAACGAUCAAAGAAAAGUGUUUCAUGACAUGUAAGUCAUUGCGGAGUGUAGUGGUACCAGAAGGGGUUUCUGUACUUGAAGAAAGCAGUUUUUCAUAUUGCGAAAGACUUACCGAAGUCAUCUUUAACUGUUAUGACCUCAAAGAGAUCGGUCGGUGUUGUUUCUAUCAAUGUGACGCCUUACAAAAGGUGAUAUUACCCACUACUUUAGAACGCUUGUGUGACUUUACAUUUAGUGAAUGCAAGAGUCUGGCUCAAAUAGAUAUUCCAACUACAGUAACGAGUAUAGGAAAUGCCUGUUUUGAAGGGUGUUUUUCUUUAGUCGCCAUUCAAAUUCCAAACACCGUCACUAAAGUUUCACAAAAAUGUUUCAACAACUGCUCGAACCUUCACCGAGUCGAAGUACCCCGUUUUCUUAAAGAAAUUGGCGAUUUUGCAUUUUGUAGAUGUACGAAUUUGGUAUAUUUAGUUGUUCCCCAAAACGUCGUCUUUUUUGGAUUGGACUGUUUUCAAGAUUGCCCUUUCUUUGAGAAGAACAAUACUAAAACAACUGCUUUAAGAGAUAUUAGUGAACAUUCUGGUAACAGUAAAGCCAAAGACUUGCUUUCUUUCUUUGUGAAGAAUUCAGAUGUUACCACUCAAAAGAAAAAAACCGAAUUAAAACCAAACACAAAAAACUUUGAAGUCCCUCCUCAAUGUGAAAUUAUUAAUUGUGAUGAAGAGAGUGAAUGUAAUAACCAAUGUAUGUCAUGGGAAAAUAUAGACUUGAAUGAAAGGUCGGAGUCACCCCCCACUGAAAGUCAAUUGAAAUCAUCUCAACACAUUCAAGACGUUGUUGUGGAAGACCAGCAACAUUUCCAACAGCAAGAUACUCCAGUAACUAAUAGAAAUGAACAAAAAGAAGACCAAAGUGAAGACACUGAAUUGGAGUCGUGUAUCACUGACAAUAAUAUACUUAAACCGGACGAUGUGUGGCUUACACACAGUCAACUUGAGGCUAAGACUCAACUUAAAGUCAAUGCAAACAAUUCAAAAGUGAUUCAAAAACAAGAAAAACAAAAGACUUUACACUUCUCACAAUUUGAAGACUACACAAUGAGCGGAAGUGAAGAGUGCUCAGACUUCCACCCCCUUAAUGAACCACCACGCACAAUAACUCCAAAGAUUAUUAAAGAACAAAGUGAAGGUAAAGAACCACUUCCAUCUCUCCAAAAGUCUUCACCCCAAAUGAGUGAAAGUACCAUCGAAAUAUCCGAUACAGUGCUUUCAAUAUGUGAUGGUGCUUACCAGGGCUUUACCUCUUUAAAAAGUGUGAAAAUCCCGAAUAGUGUGACUUCUCUUGGAGUUAAGUGCUUUUCGGGAUGUACAACACUGAGUGCAAUAACGCUCUCAACCUCAUUAGAGAAACUCCCAAGCGAACUCUUUGCCAACUGCAGCUCGUUAAAGAGCAUUUUAAUUCCUUGUAAAGUCAAGUCUCUUAAUAACUCGUGUUUUUAUCACUGUGGAAGCCUGUCCUCCUUCCGCUUUUUUGGUGCUAUAGAAAGCCUUGGUAACAUGUGCUUUUGUGGGUGUAGUUCCUUGAAGUCAUUUGACCUCUCCAACUUCCGUUCUGUUGGGAAGAUGUGUUUUCUCGGGUGUUCUCAACUGACUUCCGUCACUCUGUCAUCGCAUUUAUCAAACUUCGAAAGUGAGACGCUUUCCAAUUGCAAUAACUUACAGAACGUCAUAAUAAGUCAAGGAACAACAACUCUCAAAGAUGGGUUGUUCGUUGGGUUCAGUCAAUUGUGUGCGAUAACCCUUCCAACUAGUUUGAAGAUAUUAAAUAGUCAGUCCUUCCAAGGCUGUGUAAAUCUCUCUUCUAUUAACUUGCCUUCACAACUUCAAAGCAUAGGCGCCCACUGUUUUGAGAAGUGUCAAGCUUUGAAAGAAGUCCGAAUACCAAAUGGGAUCACAAAAAUUGAAGAUUUCUGUUUUUAUGAGUGUUUUGGACUCAGUAAAGUGUAUUUGAGCUUUGGGAUCACUGAGUUUGGACAAAACUGCUUUUCUAAGUGUAGUCUUGUGGAGCUUCAACUACCGGGGAGUAUUAAGAAGAUAUCAAAGAGUGCAUGCACCGCCUGUAAAUUAACAAAAAUAGUAUUGUGGCCGAAGAUAUGGCCAGUAUUUGCUUCACAAGUCAACGCCAAACUGAGUCGAGUGACUACUGUGUAUGAUGUAAUCACUGAUGUACAUGCGUUGAUGCAAAUACCUUCACUUCCAUUGGGUAUUAGAACACUAAAUCGUAGUAUGUAUAAGAUCUGUGAUAGACUAAGUUCAAUAACUCUGCCACUUACUAUAUCUGAAUUAAACAGUUCUUGUUUCCAGUGCUGUACAGCACUUGUUCGAAUAGAAAUACCUUCGAGUGUCACUAAAAUUGGGAUGAACUGCUUUGCGAAGUGUUACUCCCUUACCAGUGUCAUAGUCCCUAUUAACGUCAAGACUAUUGAAGAGAGUACGUUUGCGGAGUGUUACUCCCUCAAAAAUGUAUUUCUGAUUGGCGCAACUGAAAUUGAAAAACAAGUGUUUUAUCAGUGCACAUCAUUGACUGGGAUUAAAUGCCAACUCAGUGUUUUGGUCGACAAAAGUAGUUUUGAGGGGUGUGCACUACUUAAAGAAAUUGUUUUAUAUACUCCUCAAUUUGUUCCUUUGGGGAAAUUGCUCACAAAAUGUAGUUCAUUCUCUAACAUAGGACUUAGGUCCAUCAUCCUUCAAAAAUAUUAUCAAUUUGUAAGAAGGCUCUAA